AAAGAACGAACCAAGACGAAAAGAAAAAAAUUUUUUUUUUUAAAAAUAAAAAAAAAGAAUUCCCACACACAUAACAAAUACGUUUCUCCUUUUUAAUUCAAAAGAAUUUAUUUCAAUCUUUCUUUAGUAAUUAAUCUGUAAUCCUUUAUUUUUAAUCCUUUUUAAAUUCGCUCUUAAAUUCAUCCUUAUUUUGUGUGUAUUUCUUUUUUUUUUUUACGAAUUAUAAAUGUCCCCAGACAAUUUAUUAACGAGCAAAGAAGAUAGAAGACCUCUUAUUAUAAAGGAAGAUAUUGAUUUUGAAUCUCACUCAAAUUCUUCAGUAGAAAAUUUUAAUUUUAUGGAACAAUCAAAUUCUUCCACUGCAAAUCCUUUCGCCUCAUUUGAUGAGGUAUUUUGUCAUAAUAAUAAACCUUCACCUUCAAGAAAUAAGAGACCAAAAUAUUAUCAAAGUGUGGGCGAAUUACUUUGGCAAAAUGGUCAAAUGUAUAGUGAUGUUAGAUUAACUUUUGAAGAUCGUGGAGUAUUGGCUUCAAGUGCUGGAAUACCUUCAGAGUUACGUUUACAUUCUCUCGUAUUAUAUCAAUCUCAAUUUUUUAAAGAUCAACUUUCCGUAACUUCGGCCGCUGUACCUACUUCUCCUAAUUCAAAUAUAAUUAAAGAAAAACAAAUUAUUGUUAGAUUACCUUCUCAUGUCAUUGAAGAAGAUAUGAUAAAUUUUCAUUGUACUUUAAAAUUAAUGUAUACAAAAAAUUGGGAUAAUGAAUUGGCAAAUAAUUUAACAAAAGGUGUAGGUUGUUUAUCUGUAUGUUGUGAGAUAGGUUUUUAUGAAGGUAUUGAAGCUUGUUGGAAAUGGUUGGUAAAAAAAUGUAAUCGUGAUAAUAAUAAGGAAAUGAUGAAAAGAUUAAUUGAGGCUUAUCCAAAUUUACAUGAAAAAUUUACUGAUCCUGAUGAUAAAAUUCUUUUAAAUUCAAAUAAUUCAAAUUCAAAUUCAAAUUCAAAUUCUUUUUCUUAUUUGGAUAUUCCUUCCCAAAAAUCUACUACUAAAUCAAAAAGAACUCCUCCAAUUUCACGUCGUACUUCUCGUCGUAGAUCUCGUAGAAGAACUAAUUCAAAUGGUAGUGGUAGUUUUUCUAAACAACCAAUUUCUCCUCUUCACAAAUUUAAUCGUAGUGAUACUUCAAUUUCUUCUGAUUCUUCCGCUUCUCCUCGUUUACGUUAUGAAAAUGAAUCUACUUACUCUCCUCCUUCAAUAUCUUUACCUUCUCCUCCUCAUUCAAAUUCUGAAAAUUCCCCUAUAACUUCUAAUUUCCCUUCUAUACCUUCAAUUUCUCCUCCUUCAAUAUUUAGUAAUUCUCGUAUACUUAAUAAUUGGAUUUCAAAUUUUGAAUCUUAUGCUAUAUCAUCAAAACGUGCUUGUUCUAAAAUGUUACCAGAUUCAAGACAAGAUAGUAAAUGUUUUCCUUUCCUUGAACAUUUCGUUUCAGUUUUUGAAUCUAUUAAUCAAUUAGGUAGAGCAAAACGUAUAACUUCUCCUGAAGCUCUUGAUUACACUUUACGUAUGUUAAAUGUUAUCAAGAUUGAACAUGCUCAUUUUCAUACUUUACAUAUGAACAAACGAUUAAAAUCUCCCUCAUCUCCCUCAUCUCCCUCAUCUCCUUCAUCAAAAUCACAUCCAAAUUCACCUCGUCCGACUUCACCAAAUCCUCUUACACCUACAUCACCAUCAUCAUCUUUACCACCUUUACCAUCGAUACCACCUUUAUUACCAAAUACCAAUAAUUCACCUCCAAUAGUACUUCAUGAAUCAUUGGAUGAACCUAUAUCACAAAUAGCGAAAAAUAUUUUGGCUCCAAUAGAACAAAAACAUUUAUGUGAUUAUUUAUGGGCACCUUCAAAUAUUUCAAAUUUAAUGCAUUUAAGAGAGAUAAGGAGUGAUGAUGAUGAUGUUAUGGAAGAAGAUGAAUUUGAAGGUUACGAUCAAGUCAUGGGUGAAAUAAGUUUGGUAAAAGCUUCACGUGUAAGUAAAGUUGAACAUAUGGUUGUUGGUGAAAAAAUGGCUAAACUUAUAAGAGAUAUUCGUUCGAGUAUAUCAAAUAUUCGAUCAUCAUGAAAUUAAAAAAAGGGAAUUAUUUCAUGAAAAGACUUUUAUAAUAUUUUAUUUGGGUGGGAAACUUAAUUGGACUUUGGUUUCAUUCAUUUUUUACUUUUUAAAAAAAAAGUGUUUUUUUUUGGGACUUUAAUCACUUCCUUUCAUUUUAAUUUCAUCAUUAAUUCUUUUAAAAAAAAAAAAUCUCCCAUUUUUUAAAACACUUACUAAUUUGUUGUAUACAUACACUCACUUGUUUAUAGUAUCUUUAGAUUUAUUUAUAAUUUAUCAUUUUAAUUUUAUCUUAAUUUACAAAAAAUUUUGUUAUAUACUUGCA